AUACUUUAUUCACUAAGGAUGCAUCGUUCUACUUUAGCUCGUGGCGUCUUCCAGACGCAGCGUCGUUUUUUUGCUAAGGAGGUGAAGCAUUCUGUGCAAUGCCGUCAGGGUUUGUUGAGUGGUGUGAAUCGUUUGGUUGACGCUGUGUCUGUUACUCUUGGUCCUAAGGGUCGCAAUGUUGUAAUAUCUCAGCCCUAUGGCGCUCCUAAGAUCACUAAGGACGGUGUGACAGUUGCUAAAUCGAUUGAAUUUUCUGAUAAGCUUGAGAACAUGGGUGCUCAGCUUGUUCGUCAGGUAUCUUCUAAUACUAAUGACAAGGCUGGUGACGGUACUACUACUGCUGCUGUUUUAGCUCGUGCUAUAUUCCAGCGUGGCUGUCGUGCUGUUGAUGCUGGUUUGAAUCCCAUGGACUUGUUACGUGGUAUUAACAUGGCUGUUGAGUGUGUUGUGAAGUACUUGGAUUCCAUAAAGAAGGAGGUGACUACCAGUGAUGAGAUUCUUAAUGUUGCCACUAUAUCUGCCAACGGCGACCGUGUGAUUGGUAAGUUGAUUACUGAUGCCAUGGACAAGGUUGGUAAGGAGGGCACCAUUACUGUUGUUGAGGGCAAGACUCUCCAGCAUGAGUUGGAGGUUGUUGAGGGUAUGAAGUGGGACAAGGGUUACAUAUCACCUCACUUUGUGACUAAUGUAAAGGACAUGAAGGUAGAGUUUGAGAAUCCUUAUAUCUACUUGACUAAUGAGAAGAUAUCUAAUGUCAAGCAGAUUCUCCCAGUUCUUGAGCAUGUGCUUCAGCAGCAGGCUCCUUUACUGAUUGUCUCUGAGGAUGUCGACGGCGAGGCUUUGGCUGUUUUGAUAGUUAACAAGCUGCGUUUGGGUUUGAAGGUGUGUGCUGUGAAGCCACCAGGGUUUGGUGAGCAUCGUAAGGCUACUAUGGAGGACAUGGCUGCUAUGACCGGUGCCACCUUAUCUGGUGACACUAACUUUUCUGUUGACGGUGACCUUGUAUCUACUUUAGGUCGUGCUAAGAGUGCCACUGUAACUCGUGACCACACUAUUCUUGUUGAGGGCAUGGGUGACAAGAAGUCUGUUGAGGAGCGUUGUGAGGGCAUUCGUGCUAUGCUCAAGGGGUGCGACUCUAGUUACGAAUCUGACAAAUUGAAGGAGCGUUUAGCUCGUAUGACUGGCGGUGUUGCUAUAAUUCGUGUUGGUGGUGCCAGUGAGGUUGAGGUUGGUGAGACUCGUGACCGUGUUGACGAUGCUCUUUGUGCUACUAAGGCUGCUGUUGAGGGUGGUAUAGUUCCCGGUGGUGGUAGUGCUCUUCUGCAUGGUUCUAAGCGUUUGGCUGAGAUCGAGACUAAGAACUAUGACCAAAAGGUUGGUGUUGAUAUAAUUCGUGAGGCUGUUCAAGCUCCCGUUAAGCAGAUAGCUCAGAACGCUGGUUUUGAGGGCUCUGUGAUUGCUGAGCGUCUUCUUGGUAUCGACAAUGUUUGCCAUGGUUUCAACGCUCAGGUUGGUGAGUACUGUGACCUUGUUGCUGCUGGCAUUAUUGACCCUACUAAGGUUGUUAAGACUGCUCUUACUGAUGCUGCUUCUGUAGCCUCUUUGAUGACUACUUCUGAGGUAGCUAUUUAUGACUGCAAGAAGGACAAGGAGGUGGCGGACGACGCCAUGCAGCAACCUAUGUACUGAGCAUUCUUUUUAAAUAAACGCAGCAUAUGUAUACC